GGAAACUGCACUAGAACAUGACACUGCAGCAGCCAUAAUUAUAACCCGGACUGCCUAUAUUUCACACGAGUGUCACAUCGGAGCGCAUAUUCUGGCGAUAGACGGCACGGAAGGUGUUACUUCGACUCCCACCAAACACUUCUUCCAUACAACGUCCUUUCACAGCGGAAUUGGAACUCAGAUCGAAUCGAAGCAAUGUAGUACAUUAUUUGUAUUAUAUUUAAAUGGCGAAGAUAUUUUAGAGAGCAUAAAUAACUUUGCGGCAUCAAUAAUGCAGCUUAG